CAGAAAUCGAGAGAAACAUAAAUUGAAAUGAGCAGAGAGAGCAGCUAUCAUCCCAGAGAUUUAUAAACCUCUACAUCAGCAUGUUUAUCAUCUACAGGAACCAUUUCUGGCCCCAGAGCUGUUACAGAUGGUUAAAUAUGCUGGUUUGAGUGAAGCAACCAUGGAGGGACUGAUGAAACUUAUCCAGACAGAGGCAGCACCGAGAGUCUACCGACUUCCAGUGUUCAAAAAGGAAUUCUGCAAGGACCUCAUAGGGGAUCUGGAGCAUUUUGAACAGUCUAAGGCACCAAAGGGCAGGCCGAACACCAUGAAUAAUUAUGGGAUUCUCCUUAAUGAACUGGGCUUUGAUGAAAGCUUCAUCACCCCACUGAGGGAGCACUACCUUUGUACACUCUCAACUUUGCUCUACAGUGACUGUGGAGGAAGCUGUCUGGACAGUCACAAGGGUUUUGCGGUGAAGUACGCAAUGCGGGAAGACUUGGGUCUUAGCUAUCAUUAUGACAACGCUGAAGUGACUCUCAAUGUAUCAAUGGGGAAAGAGUUCACAGAGGGGAACCUUUUCUUUGGAGACAUGAGACAGGUGCCUCUAAGUGAGACAGAGUGCAUGGAGGUGGAGCAUCUUGUAACUGAGGGUCUGCUUCACAGGGGCCAGCACAUGCACGGAGCUUUACAUAUCUUCUCAGGGACACGGUGGAACCUGAUUAUAUGGAUGCGAGCUUCAUGUGAGAGGAACAAACUCUGUCCCUUGUGUUGCAAAAGACCAACACUAGUGGAGAGUGAUGGAUACAGUGAUGGCUUCACCAUGGAUCCUGACAACUCUACCAGGAAAGUGUUGUGUUCAUUAACAUGAUGUUAUUCCGUGCAUACUG